CGGUGAUAAAACGGGUAAGAAAAUUGACCUGAGCCGGUAGAAAAACGGUGGUUAUAGGAAAGGAGAUGUGUAAUUGACAAUGGUGGGGAAAAGAGGUGUUGAUAAACCUUACAAGUCCAAGGUAAAGAUUUGUAAAGAAGCACAAAGACCAUACAGCUUACGUAAUCGACACAGUGUCAGCUAUAACGAGGCGGUUCUAUCUUGUGUGAAUGCAGGAAUGGAUGAUGAUGUAACACUUGAGAGAUAUAACCAAACCAAUACUAGCUAUGCAGGGGAGGCAACUCUGAAAAAUGAUCUGAAAAGAGGAUUUCAUGAAAAAAGACCAACCGCUACAUUGUCAUCAUUCCAAAAAAUUCAAAAUGUGCUACAUCCUGUUGGUGAUCUAACAAGUUCUGUAACAUACAAUGUUUCACAAACAAUUUCAUGCAAGGAAGUGAAAAUCACCAAUCAUUAUCACACAACUUUCACCGAUACAAACACUGACGCAGGACUGGAAAAAAGUUCAACAGAUGUCUCUGAUGACAAGCUUGACAGUUCAUUGUGGGAUAGUGAGUCAGACACCAUAUCAAAAUCUGAUACAAUAUCUGACACUUGGUCCGACAUUGAAGAUGAUGAGAAAUGGGAAAAAGGUAGGGGCAUAUUAACACACCUCAAGUCUGGGCAGGUAAAUAGACUAAUGAGUAUAUGUGAAGUUUGUGGCACUGGAUUUUGUCGUAAGGGAGACCUCAACGCUCACAUGAUUAUGGUUCACCAUCAAAAAGGACAUCAGAGGUAUGAAAAAUUGAGGGAUAUUGAGCCAAGCAUGCCACAGUUGACAUGUGAAAAGAAUGGGAAUACUUUACCCCAUCAGCAAAAAUGUGAAAAUCCUAAUACUGAUGUACACACCAUACCAGUGUUGCAAUGUGAAUUACCUAUGGACUUUAUUCCUAGCCUCUCAAAACCACCUAUUCCAAAUAUUCCGAAUCAGAAAUGUGAAGUACUUCGGCAUCCUGUUCUGCAAUGUGAAGCACUUCAGCAUCCAGUACAGAAAUAUAAAGCUCCUCAGAAUAGUGUGCCUAGCAUGAGAACGCAGAAAUGCUCUCAGAGUCUUCCUGGUGUGUCAAAAUUGAAAAAUGAGGCUUUCCAUAUUCCUUUGCUGGACAAACAGGAUAAUAAUAUUGAAAAAAUGUAUGGAUCCAGCAUACUACAGUCAAAAUGUGAAGUCUCCGAUAAUUCUACAGAGCUGAAAAGAGAAGGUUUUAGUAAACUUAAAUGUAACCCACCAUUGCCAAAAUGCAUAGCAUCAGACUGUAAUAUAUACACUGAAACAGGGCAGACUUAUAAUACAACUCGAACUUACACAGUACUAAGUGAAUCUAAUGUUCAGAAAUGGAAUGUUUUUAACGGGAAUGGAACAUCAACAAGUGAGCACAAAGAAACAGAAAUUCACUCAAACUCUUUCAGCUCAUCCAGGAAGCUGUGUACAUUAGGGGAAUAUCAGUGGAUUUGACAGCAAUGGAAAUCUUGUUGGA